GCGUGUCGCCUUUGUGACCUGUUGUCGCCCUACUGGGCCGGUGGGCCACAGCCCUUUCUGGGGCUCACGUGUUUGUCAUUUUGUAGCCUAGAGAAGCAGGAAGUUUGACGAAAUUUCACGGCACAAUAGGGGAGGCCCAAGGGUGGACCCAGACCACGUGGGACCCUCCGCACGACCUGUGGAAGGCGACGUGGGAGUGGAUUCUGAACCUACUUUCUUGCUUAGACUGGACGGGUGUAAGUCGCUUUAAAACCGUCCAUGUGAGUGGAGAAAGGAGUGUUAGAGACUCACAGCUCUGAGGAGCCUGUGGAGAUGUGUCGCCCCUGUGAAAAUGGACACAUGACCCUGAGAGUGAGCUCAGACCCCGUGAUGGCUGGGGCCAUCUGACAGCUGGUGGUCUCAUCGGUGUGGAUGGAGCCAGGGCCUCAGCCAUGGUCACACUCAUCACUGAGAAGCUGCAGAACCAGAGUCUGGAUGACCUCAAUCGCAAAACCCGCGAGGCUGGCCCGUGUUCUGCCGAGAGACUGACCAGGAGUGGCCUCUUGUUCCCUUUGGAGGUCAGUGUGGACAGGAGCCCCUGGAAGGCCUGUCGAGGAGGAUGGCCUGCUGGAAGGCAGGCAGCCACAGGCCCUUCCCACCCGCUCCCACCAGCUCCCUGCAGUGCUGCUCAGGCCCAGGGUCUCCAGUGGCAGCUGGAGUCCCCAGGGCCGUGCACUGGCCUGGGUGUGGGCAGUGCCGUGGACCUGCGGGAGAGCACGGGGCCACCCACAGCGCCGCCGACCAAGCGGCACUGCCGAUCCCUGUCCGAGCCGGAGGAGCUGGCCCGUUGCCGGUCGCCGUGGCGCCCCAGUGGCUCCAAGGUCUGGACUCCAGUCUCCAAGAGGCGCUGCAACAGCGGCGGGAGUGCCACGCUGCAACGCCGUAGCGGCCUUGGGGGCGCGGCCCUUCCCAGGAGCCCUGUGUCGCCCGCUGGCCCUGCUUCACCGCUGGUGCCCCGGCCGGCCUCAGCCGGCAGCGGCUUCAUGGACAGCAGUGAGGGCAGCAUGGGCUCGGAGCCAUCCUGGCACGCCACAGGACCCUGCCUGCUGUCCUCGAGGCGCCGCUUGUCCCUGUCGCAGGAGCGCCUGGUGGAUGCUGGUGCCCGCCUGCCCUCAGCCAGCAGCACCCCCAGGUCCACGCCCCAGCUCGGCUGGCACCACGGCCUGCUGCGGUGCCACUCCCAGCCCUGCGUGCUGGGCGGGAGGAGGAGCCGGCGCAAGCGCAGGCGGGAGGAGGACACCAGGUGGACGCGCCCGUCCUUGGACUUCCUCAAGAUGACUCGGACUUUAAAAAACUCAAAGAGCCUCUGCUCGCUGGACUACGAAGAUGACGACGAGGAUGACACCCAGGUGAAGACAGUUGUGUCAUCCCCGUGCGAUUCGCAGGGCCUCAUGGGCAUCGUCACACCUGGCUCCAGCCGGAGGGCUGCCCGGCCCUCCCCCGCCAGCCCGUGGACCUCGGAGGAGCCCGAGGCUGGCGAGGGCGAGGGUGGGAGCAGUGAGGACCCCAGCGACUGGGACAGUGCCGGUGAGGAGGGUGUCUUCCCCCUGGAGCACGGCGACCUGGACCUGGAGCAGAUUGAGAACAACUGACCUGGCCGGGCUGGUGCCUGCCUCCUCGGCCACAGAAACCGUUUCUUGCUAUUUUGAACUUUGAGACUUAAUUUUGGCUCAGUUUUCCUAAAGAAGUAUUUUGCAUUUUUAUGGCUUUUACAGUUCAGGGAGAGCUUCUCUAUUUUGAAAUGAAUUUUCGGAUGGGCAUCGUGUUAAGCGUGAGUCAAGCUGUGGUCCUUUCUAAGAAGUCUACUGUGAAGAGCGGGUGGGGGUCGCUAGGUCCCUGGGGUGGGUGGUCCAAACCCUCCUCUGGGGUCACCGCUCUGGGCCUGUCUGUGGGCGAUUCUGCCCAUGGACCUGGUUAUCCUGCACUGGCUUGGGCCGCAUGGCCUCCCAAUGCGGGGUGGCGCUGAGGACGCCACCCCGGAUGAGGUCCUGUGGCUGUUCUGCUGGCGCCUUGUCUGUGAGUUCAAUAAAAUGUGUUGCUCUGUG